AUGACGCCUUGGGACUCCGACUGGGCGGGUGGCACCGAGGGCUCCGACAUCCGCAUCGCCAAGGAGUUCAACCUCAACGUGCGCCUCAUCAACGACGCCAAGGAGGUCGCGAACGAGGUGUGGCCCCUCGAGCGCGCCGUCACGCCGUUCUCCGAGUACAAGCUGCGGCUUGGCAUCGGCCUCAUGAUCGAGGACGGCAUCCAGCCGAAGACCCCAGAGGCGGUGCGCAAGUGGGUGAACGGCGGCGGCAAGCUGAGGGUGGGCGGAGACGUCCUCGUAGGCCUGAAGCGAUGGGAGACCCUGGUGCCGAAGACGCCAGAGGCCGACAAGCUGCUCGACAACAUGAAGGACGAGCUGGACGCGGCGCUGGCCUCGAAGGCGAAGCUGGUGGGCCCCGCGGACCUGCCUGCCAGCUUCACCACGGCGCAGAAGCACACCGCGCUGGGCUACCAGCAGAAGGGUUUCGACUUUGCCGCCUCGCAGGCCAAGGGCACCGACCUCUCGCCGCUGCUGCUGGCGCCGCAG